CACUAUCCUCUGAGAGUGAGACAGAGUGUAUGUCUCUGUUCACUUCUCGGUAGAGUGUGAGAAGAGAGCAGAAGAGAGCAGAGGAGAGCAGAAGAGAGCACAGGAGAGGAGACCCCCUGCGAUGUGACUAAAUAACCAGAGAGCUCAGUGUGGUCCCUCCUCCAGCGGACUCCAAGGACACUGGAGAUUAACUCUAAACCCUAAACUUCAGAGGGAUCUAGUCCAACCCCUAAAAACCCAACUGGCUGGAGACUCCGUCCUCAGAAGGUGACUGAGCGCCGGCUAGAGCACUUCUCUGAUAGAGAGAGCGAAGGAGAGAAAGUGAAAGAGAGGGAAAGAGAAAAGGAGUCAUGUUUUAGGAGCCAAGACAAAGCAGAGAACUGAUACACUGAAGAAUACAUCUCUCCUGUAGCCUGUCACCAUGAGGACUGUCAGAGUGUCCACUCUCCAUCUGACAGCCCUACUAACAGCUCUUCUGCACCUAUGCCCUGAGUACCGUUGCGUGGAGAUCUCCCCUAGCAACAGCGAGGUCAUCAUGACACCGGGCGACUCCAUGAUCUUCACCUGUUCCAGCUGGGGGACGGUCGGAUGGAGGUUCAAGCGGGAUGAAGACAUUCCCUAUUUUGGAGUGGAGAACCAAAACACAACCAGUGUUCUCAUUCUGGACAACGUGACGUGGAGACACACAGGAGUGUACGUCUGUGCCGAGGCUUGGACUGACGAGGCUAGAGAGGUGGCUGUCUUUGUGCAGGACCCUGAUGUGUGGUUCAUUGAGAGCUCCCACGGCAUGGUGACCAAGACCAGCGAGGAGGGGACCAUCCCCUGUGUGGUCACCAAUCCCAGAAUCAACGUCACCCUCUACGAGAGGGACAGUGACAUUCACCUGAAGGGGGUCUACAUCCCCAGUGAGGGCUACAAGGCAGCCCUGGAGGACAGGACCUAUGUGUGUCGUGGGGAGCUGAACGGGGAGGAGAAAGAGUCCCAGGCCUUCUACGUCUUCAGUAUUGUUGUCCCGGAGACAAUUGACGCCUACGUCAAUGCGUCUAAGACGGUGCUGAAGCAGGGCGAGCCUCUGACAGUGAACUGCACGGUGCACGGAGUGGAGCUGGUCUUCUUCUCCUGGGACUACCCCAACAGAGACGUGGACUCCAUUGAGCCGUUGACCGACGUCCUGUCGUCCCAGAGCAUGCGCUCCUGCCUCAUCUUCUCUAAGGCGACGCUGGCCAACGCAGGGCAGUACGUGUGUCACGUUCACGAGGGUGUCCAGGACCAGAGUGCCACCGCCAACGUCAACAUCACUAUCCUCGAGCGAGGCUUUGUGGAGCUGAGGUCUGUCCAGGAGCGUAACGUCUCGGCACAGCUGCACCAGAAUGUAGAGCUGAGGGUGGAGAUAGAGGCCUACCCCGCUCCACAUGUCCGCUGGACCAAAGACAACGCCACCGUCAACGGAGACAACACUGUCAUCACCAGGCAGGAGCACGAGACCAGGUACGUCAGCAUGUUGACCUUGGUGAGGAUCAGGACGGAACAGAAGGGACUUUACACUGUUCUUGUCGCCAACGGAGAUGACACCAAGGAAGUGACAUUUGAUCUGGAGGUCAAAGUCCCUCCUCAGAUCACAGACCUGUCGGACCACCACCUCCCAGGGAAGAGGCAUGCAGUGACCUGUGUGGCCGAGGGGGUCCCCUCCCCCUCCAUCCAGUGGUUCAGCUGUGACAGCAUGCUCAAGUGCAGUAACCGGAGCACAGUGUGGCAGCCCCUGGUGUCAGACCCUGAGACCCUGAGUGUCCAGACCAACAUCAGUUUCAAUGAGAGCCGUAAGGUGGGCCAGGUCCGCAGCCAGGUCACCUUCCACAAGACCCAGCAGGUGACCAUCCGCUGCGAGGCCAGCAACGAGGGAGGAGUCCGCAGGAGGGACAUCAAACUGGUGUCCAGCACUCUGUUCUCCCAGGUGGCAGUGUUGGCUGCGGUUCUACCCCUGGUGGGCAUCCUCAUCAUCUCCAUCAUCAUCCUCAUCGCUGUGUGGAGGAAGAAGCCUCGCUAUGAGAUCAGGUGGAAGGUGAUAGAGUCGGUGAGUUUGGACGGCCAUGAGUACAUCUACGUCGACCCCAUCCACCUGCCCUACGACCUGGCCUGGGAGAUGGCCCGAGACAGCCUGGUGCUGGGUCGUACUCUUGGGUCCGGGGCGUUCGGCAGGGUGGUCGAGGCGACCGCCUACGGUCUCGGUCAUUCCCAGUCCAGCACAAAAGUGGCAGUGAAAAUGCUCAAAUCCACGGCCAGGAGGAGUGAGACCCAGGCUCUGAUGUCAGAGCUGAAGAUCAUGAGCCACCUGGGGCCUCACCUCAACAUCGUCAACCUGCUGGGAGCCUGCACCAAACAGGGCCCUCUCUACCUGGUGACGGAGUACUGUCGCUAUGGAGACCUGGUGGACUACUUACACAGGAACAAGCACACGUUCCUGCAGUACUACGCUGAAAAGAACCAGGAGGACUCUGGUUGCAGAGUCUCUGGAGGGAGCACCCCUCUCAGUCAGAGGAAAGGCUACGUGUUAUUUGGCAGUGAGUUUGACGGUGGCUACAUGGACAUGAGUAAGGACGAGCCCACGGUGUACGUCCCCAUGCAGGAGCUGAAAGACACAAUCAAAUACACUGACAUCCAGCCUUCUCCCUACGAGUCUCCCUACCAUAACCACCUUUACCAGGAACAAGACCAGACCACAGUGGACAGUGCCCUGUUCAUCAGUGACUCCCCCACCCUCAGCUAUUCUGACCUCAUCGGCUUCAGCUACCAGGUGGCCAAGGGUAUGGAGUUCCUCGCCUCCAAGAACUGUGUCCAUCGUGACCUGGCUGCCAGGAAUGUGUUGAUCUGUGAGGGGAAACUGGUGAAGAUCUGUGACUUUGGCCUGGCCAGAGACAUCAUGCACGACUCCAACUACGUCUCCAAAGGCAGCACGUUCCUUCCUCUGAAGUGGAUGGCCCCAGAGAGUAUUUUCCAUAACUUGUACACCACCCUGAGUGAUGUGUGGUCCUAUGGCAUCCUGCUCUGGGAGAUUUUCACCCUGGGAGGAGCCCCCUACCCUGAUCUGCCCAUGAACGAGCUGUUCUACAGUGCCUUAAAGAGAGGCUAUCGAAUGGCCAAACCUGACCACGCCACCAAUGAAGUUUAUGAAGUCAUGCAGAAGUGCUGGGAUGAGAAGUACGAGAGAAGGCCAGAGUUCUCGUUUCUGGUGCACACAAUGGGGAACAUGCUCACAGACAGCUAUAAAAAGAGAUACUGCCAGGUCAACGAUGAGUUCUUCAAGCGCGACCACCCAGCCGUGGUCCACACCAAACCCAGGCUCUCCUCUCCCUUCCCCACCCCUGCCUUAACCCCCUCCACCGCCCCUGCCAUCCCCCAGGACCCCAACCCCUACCCCCUCACUGGGGACUUCAGACCGGAGUCAGAUGGUGAGGAAGCUUCCUACAAUGACUACAUCAUCCCCAUCCCGGACCCCAAGCCUGAGGUGGAAGGCUGCUCUGAGGCCGACGACAUGCCAAAGAAAAAACUUGCAAGUUCUCGGGCUCUGGAGGAAGAGGAGGCUGAUUCCAUCUCCCAGGAGACAGUGGAGGCAGACACCAUUCCAGAGGAGGAGAAUCUCCACGCCAACCAGGCCCUGAUUCCACUGGAGUCCUCUGGAACACCUGAAGCGGAAGACAGCUUCCUGUAGGCCUUUCAGGGAACUUGGUGAAAGUAUAACAACAUUCCAGAACAGCUUUAGUGGAUUAAGAGAAAAUGUUGAAAAUUAGAAGGCGACCCUAACAACACAAACAACUCCCACUGCUUUAGCAAAUAUUUCACAAUUGGUUCUUUCAAAAGAAUGCUAUGCUGAAAAUCUAUUCAAAAUCAAUAUUUACUAUGAGAGAGGGACACAUAUUUAAUCAUUGAUGAUUGUUGAUUGAUGAUGCAAAAUGCUCCAUCUUGAAGAGAGGGAAUGACCAGUAUCACAUAAUCAUUUACUUUUAAGUUAGGGAUUCAUGAUUUGUAAAAUACUGAAGCUUUGUGGUCACUAUUGCAGUGUUUCUAUGGUGAUUUGUCUUCUAAUGUGUUGUAUUUUUAUGUUAUGAAGAUAAAAACAUUAGGCCUCCAAAACCCUUUCAGUUUUGAAAAUCACUAGAAGUGGAGCAUGUACUGUUACAUUUUGCUUGUGCGAAAAAGUUCAAAUUUUCAGACAGGUACUUUAGUUAGUAAAAAAAACAUUAACACAUAAUCUUAUGACGUCUAUACUUCUCAUCAUCAAUUGGAUUUGACAUUCUAGUUGCACUGAGGAUAUUUUUUGUGUUUUUUAGUUACAAAUGCGUACUUUAUACUUUCUACUCCAAGUUAUUUUGCGAGAAUGUAAUUCAUUUUGAGAAGAGUUAAACAUACAGCCUUAAUUGAGCAGAACAUUGUACACUCAGUAAAUGGUAUGUCUCAAAAUAUCAUUUUAUGUUGUCUUUAGUUUUAUAUAGAUUGAUUUUUACAUUUUAUAUAGCAUUUGUUUUAAACAAUUCUGUAUAAAUGUUGCACUUUACAAUGUUUAGGAAAACAUUUCCAAGAAAAGGAUUUAAGGUACAGUCAAUAAGAGAUUGAAUGAUGUAUGAGAGAUAUUAAAUAAUUGUAUGUUUUUACACGGAGGUACUGACUGAAUGAGAAAUAAUCUGAGCAUAUCACUGCCUUAGCACACCUGGUACAAGAUUAGUACGUUGUUGUGUACUGUGACGAUGACUGACAUCUUUGAAGUGUUUUGUAUUGUAUCAAGUUCUAUGAAAGAGACAAAUAGUAGGCCUAUAGUAUCCUUACAAAAGGAUAUAAAAUAAGCAUUUCUAUGCAAGGAGAUCUUCUACAGAAAUGUGGCUAUAGAGAUUUGAAUCUAUAUUAUUGAAGUAAUUAUAUGAUACCUGAGAUAAUUUGUCACUUGCUUAGAGUCCACUCACAGAGGUUCUCCUAUCGUUACAUACACUUCCAGUGAAAUAUAGAUGAUAUGCUUCCUUGUACAUAUUUGUCACAUGGUAUAGGAACACAGAAUGCAGAACACACACCCUACAUAAUGUAGAAUAUUCACCACACACACGCUAUGGUACCAAAGCUUCUCUGUAUGUUAACAAAUGUAUUUUUAUAUGUAGUUUAUAAGUGUUUAUGUGAAAAUAAAAGUUUAUAAUGAAAAUA